AUGGCCGCGGCGUUGGAAGUGGAGCAUGUGGCGAAAGUGCGGCGCCGGUCCUUCCUCCGCGUGCUUGUCCGCAGCCCAUACUGGAAGUGCUUCAUCUGCACCGUACUUAUCGGCUUCUGCAUCUUCUACGCUACCUACUGCCACGUCGAGCAUGACGCCUACUCGGGGAGCAGUGCUUUUAAAUACCACCACGGCGCCUGCGCCCAGGGCUACAACUUCAUCCCACUCGUCUUCGGCGCAAUAUUGUACGUCGUCUACCUGACGGAAUGCUGGCAUUCACGCGCGAGGCAUGCAAAGAUUAAGCGUACGGACCUGCCAACGGCCGAAGCAUAUCUUGGAAUGCUACGCGAGAGUCCGCCAAUCGUCUGGUGGCGCGCGGUGUGCUACCACUAUUUGAGGAGGACCAGGCAGGUCACCCGAUACCGAAACGGUGACGCGAUCACCGCGACGCAAGUGUACUACGAACGGGUGAAUUCGCACUCGGCGGGCAACGUUUUCCUGUAUGAUGUCUGUGGGUUGAGGGACAUCAGCAAGCAGGUCGAGGGACUGGAAAAGUAUCCGGUUACGCGCAUCAAGGUCGCCAAGGGCUUCGUCUUUGCCUGUAUGCAGGCCGCCAACGAGUUCGAGGAGCAGCGCACACGGUUUUUUAACGAGAACGAGACCAAGGAUGAUUAUAUGGAGGUUCGCGAGGGAAUGGAUAUGCUAAACGUCGAAUUCGACGACGAAUUGCUGUGUUUUCAGUCCGAGCGGCCGCCUUGGUUUUUGAGAGCAUGGGUCUUCUGGUUGCUCUCGAUUUUCCUCUUAUCCUGGCCGCUGCGACUACUGGCCGAGUGGAGGACCGCCUUCCUAUCUUUUCACGUUACAAAAUUAUUCGGGACGAAUUAUCUGAGUCCAUCUUCCGUGAACUACACAGGCCCCUUAACACGCACGUCUACGAUGGAUUCACGAGAAUUCGAGGCGUUGUUACGGCGUGAACAGUACUUUGUCGUACCGUCCUACUCGCAGGCCAUGUUGAUGCAUCCUGGGAAUGCUAAUGUGAUUCUCAUGGCUCCAAAUCGGGCCGCUGGUGGGCUUUUUGGGCGGGACGUACGCGGGAAUGUUGAUAACGAAAAUGUCGUCAUACGAAAUUACGGAGCGCUGGAAGAGGAUGACGUUGUCGGGGAUUUGAGGACUCCGCCGAGGAGUCGAAGUUUUACAUUCUUUAGGGGCGCUCGUCCCUCACUACAUCGUGCUCAGCCCAUCCGGCUCUCUUCAGCUACGAGAGUAGCUAGAAGUCUUUCCAUCGGCGGAAUUUCACUUUCCGGAACCGGAAGAGGCCAAGACUCCUACGCGUGGCCGAUGGAGUCCGAUGUUGACAACGUUCCACUACUCCCCAACGAACCGCCGCCACCUUAUGAGAUGGCCCUCCGGAUGUGUGCCCCGUUGUACGAGAGGAUACGCAGAAGCUUUUCCGCUCGUCUGAACUCGAUCACUCAUCUGACACCGUCGUCAUCAAAGGAUUUACCGCCUGAUCAGCCA